UUUAAAUAAAACUUUUUCAAAUAGGUCAACCUCAUGAGUCUGGAGGAAAAAAGUAAGCGCAUCGAACAAGGGAAUCACUUGAGAAAUUGUUUGUUUGAAGCAUCGGAAAAUCCAGUGUGUAAGUGUAUCGAUGAAUUUGUAAGAAAAUCGUUUGGAGGUCGGCAUAAUAUGAGUAAACUCUCCAUUUUUGCACGAUUAACAGUUGAAACCGAAGAAGAGAUGAAACUUGGGAACAAUGGUGUUCAAGAAAAUUGUGAAAAACAAGAGAAUUCUGGGAUAUUUUUGUACAUCGAUCUCCACAGUCACGCAUCGAAAAAAGGUAUUUUCAUGUACGGCAAUCAUUUUGACGAUCCAGAAGACUCUUCAGCUUGUAUGCUACUGCCAAAAUUAAUGUCCAUCAACAAUCCGAACUUCCACUUUACGUCCUGCAAUUUUGCCGAGAAGAACAUGUACAUCAUCGAUAAACGAGAUGGUAUGUCCCGCGAGGGUUCCGGUCGCGUGGCCGUAUACAAGAGCUUUGGACUCAUUCAUAGUUAUACUCUCGAAUGUAACUACAACACCGGUCGCGUGGUUAACACCGUACCAGCCAGGGUCAAAGAGAGAUUUCGCAAACUUCACUCUCAGCUGUACGUGCCACCAAAGUAUAAUCCUUCGGUUUUUGAAGAGGUUGGAGCAGCGUUUGGACCGUCGAUCCUCGAUAUGACCGGUCACAAUCCCAAUAGCAGACUGCCAAACAGCCAAUACCGAUCGUUGAAGGGACUCAUCUCGUACUUGAAGCUUAUAUCGAGUAAUCGCUAUCAGUCGCCUAAAACUUGCUUGCAAAAGGUAAAUCUUUCCGAUACCGAAAACGAUGUUGAUAUCGAUAUUCAUGAUGGCGCUGAAAAUUCUGAAAUUAGACAAUGCAGUCUGUGCUGAUUUCUGAAUAAAAAUAAUACUGUGCCGAAGAAUGUUAUACCAUAACCGAUUCAUUUUAAAUGAUUUUUUAUAAUUUUGACUAUAAAACAAAUGUUAGUUUCUUAUGCUUCUUCCAUGGUUUUUCUUCUCUUAAAAACAAUUGUUUAUUUAUUGCUUUCAUUUUUAGGUAGUGUGAUAAACUUUUCCAAUAAAAUAUUCUAAUGAUGGUUCAAAUAACAAUGAAAGUUUCUAUGUUAUUUGUAAAAAAAAAAAGCCACAAUGACAAGGAAACUUGAUCAUCUUGAUUAGUUUUCUAGAUUGUGGCUAUGUUAUUUCCAUUUUGACGUAUAAUAAAUAAACGCUUCCAUAAAAUUAUGGAUGUAUGUAAUUUAUAUUAAUGACGCAAGUGAAAAAAUGAGAAAAAAAUUAGUUUUAGAUCGAAAGGCGGAUACGUGAAUUGUUAUAAAAGUGGUUUAGACUGAGAAGGUUGUUAAUUUUUAAAAAAUGAAUCUCAGUCUUUUAAUUCUAUUGAUAAAUGUAUCCAUAAGAAGAUUUU